AUGGUACUGUGUGGGUGUAGCCCGAGUAUUGAUCAUCAAUAUCAUGCUGAUGGCUCUUUAGAUAAACGGCUUCUUGAGUACAGUAAAAAAGAAAGCUCAGGAGAUGAAAAACAAAAGUUAACUCCGCUGCAAGAGGAACUUGCAGAGGCUUUGGUUUGGUUCAAGAAUAAUUGUGCUCUUAGAGAGUCUUUGAAGUCCAAGAGUAGCAGCGCCCCUGAAUUUGUGAACCCGCUUAAGGUUUCUGUCCCCAAGAAAAGACGAGGAUGUGAAGAAGGGCUUCUUCAAAAGAAAGGCCACCAAAGUAGUACUGAUCAAGAAGCCAAGAAAACCAGUGUUGGUACUCUUGAUGAAUUAGGGUUUUCUUCCAAGAAUACCCAGAGUACUUAUUCUGAUCAAGAAGACUCCAAGAGUACCAUUAGCAGUGUUAAUGGAUUUGCAAACCCGCUUGGUAUUCUUGAACCCAAGAAAAAGAGAGGAAUUAGUAGACAAAAGUUUGUCAAGACAAGCCAUGAUUACCAUAUCAAUACUCAUGAAGAUGGUCCAAAACUAAAGAUCAAAAGACGAGAGAAAAAGACUGCUGGUGGAAAGCAAAUCUGUAAACGCCAAAGGACGAACAAUGAAGAUGACCGGAAGGAUCGGGGAGAGAGACCGUCAAAAAAAAGACAGAUGGUAAGGGUAGAUUUCAAGAAGCUGGGUCUGAAUCCUGCACCCAAUUUCUCUUCUCAAAUAAGAGCCAGGAUAGGUCAUCAAGAAGGGCGAGAUAGCGAAAUCAAGUUAAGGAUCAUGAAACAGAUUUUCAAAACUGAUAUGGAUAGGCAUCAGGAACGUUUCUCGAUGCCUUUGAACCAAGUUAAGGACAAUGAAGAGUUUCUGAAUGAAGAGGAGAUGGAGAAGAUGUGCCAAACCAAGAGCAGUGGUACAGAAGUGAAACUUGUAGAGAUGGGUCUUAAAAAUGGCAAUGUUCAUGAAAGUACAAUGAGGUUGAGGCAAUGGAAAAUAAACAACAAUGCUUCUUAUAUGAUAACCUCUAAUUGGAAGGAUGUUUUGGAUAGGAAUGUGGGUUCACUAAAGUUGAAUGAUAUUGUCCAAGUUUAUUCCUUCAGACGUGACAAGAAACUGUGGCUGGUACUCCUAAAGAUCAAGGAUGCAGAUGAAGUCAAGAACCUCAUGGGUUGGGAUCAAGUUGGUAGUGAUAACGCAUGA